AUGUGGCCCCUGGCCGCUGUCAUCGCCUCCCUGACCGUGGCCUUGUCAGGAGGCAUCUCCCGGGAGCAUCCCAAGAUCCUCAAUGGCACCAACGGGACCAACAGGCCUCUCCCAGGUGGCUACACCUGCCUCCCCUUCUCUCAGCCCUGGCAGGCAGCACUACUAGUGCGAGGGCGGCUACUCUGUGGGGGAGUCCUGGUGCACCCCAAAUGGGUCCUCACGGCUGCACACUGUCGGAAAGAUGGGUACAGAGUUUACCUGGGCAAGCAUGCCCUGGGGCGUGUGGAGACCGGCGAGCAGGUGAGGGAGGUGGUCCGCUCUAUCCCCCACCCCGAAUACCAGGUCAGCCCCACCCACCUGAACCAUGACCACGACAUCAUGCUGCUGGAGCUGGAGGUGCCGGUCCAGCCCACGGGCCACAUCCGCGUCCUGCCUCUCUCCCACGACAACUGCCUGCCCGCUGGCACCUGUUGCCUGGUGUCUGGCUGGGGCACCACCACCAGCCCCCAGGUGAGCUACCCCAAAACCCUGCAGUGUGCCAACAUCCAGCUUCGCUCAGACGAGGAGUGCCGUCAGGUCUACCCGGGCAAGAUCACCCCCAACAUGCUGUGCGCUGGCACCCAAGAGGGCGGGAAGGACUCCUGUGAGGGUGACUCCGGGGGCCCCCUGGUCUGCAACGGAACCCUCCACGGCAUCAUCUCCUGGGGAGACUUCCCGUGUGGGCAGCCCAACCGGCCCGGCGUCUACACCCGCGUCCCACAGUAUGUGCAGUGGAUCCGAGACACCAUCCGAAAACACAAAGCCCAGGGGCAGAAAUGGACGAAGGGCACAGAUUGAAGCUGGGUUCGCUUGCCCACCUCCUUCCUUCCACCACGCCCUCCUCGCUUUGUUGGCCCCUUCUUCUCCGCCCACCCAUCCCACCGUGCUGUUUCAACCAGUGAUUGAUGUGCUCAAAGAUGUCCAAUCCUGACAGAUAGUCCAUGUUUCAGAAGCAUUCAAUCUCUUCCAGCCUUGGAACCAAACCUCCCCGUCACCUGAAUGCCCCAACCCAGACAAUGUCCCAGGCAUCCCAGCAAGGCGAGGAUGACCUCCACAAACCCAGAGAGCUUGCCGAAGGUUCUUAGCAACACCCAUCAGCCCAUGGCAACCACAUCCUGUCUUGUGAAUGGCUCUACCUUGAUGACAUUCCAUCAAAUAUUCAUUCGUUGCCAAUAUUCCAGAUCCUUCUGUGCUUUGCACCAAGAAAGUUCUGGAUGCCCAUGUUGCAUCCUAACAGUAUCCUCUGAUGCCCAGAGCCUCUGCCCUGAUGGUGUUCUGUGCAUCUCUGAGUCACCCCUCACAGCUAACGUAAGAUCUUCAGAGUGGUUCAUUCCCAUAAUGUUCUGGGUUUCAGGGAUGUCCCUACCCCAACCUACGUCCACAUCCCUGCCGAUACCCCCUCUCUGCCAACAUCUGAAUCUCCAUGCUCACUAAUGAACACUGGCACUCCACUCCAGGUGGUCAUGGGUCCAGGCCACCAAGGGGCCUCCACACUGGACCACAGUAAUACCCCAAAUAUUCUGUGUCUCCUGGAACAUCUUAUAUAAUGUCCCUACUAGAGUGAACCAGUGGAUAAGAGAGUGCUG